AUGUCUUCACGACCAAAAGUCCUCAAUAUCGCCGUUGUGGGCUUGGGUCGCAUGGGCAAGCGUCAUGUUUCCACAUUGCUGAACAGAGUACCACGAGCUCGCGUCGUCGCAGUAUCAAGCUCCACGCCGUCGGAGGUCGAAUGGGCACGCAAAGAGCCAGAUUACAUCGACUUCGGCAUUACAGCAUAUAACACGUACGAAGAGAUGCUAGAGCACCCUGGAUUGCAGGCUGUCUGGGUCUCGACAAGCACCGAUGUCCAUGCAAUCCAGACCAUCCAGGCCGUUGAAAAAGGUCUACACGUGCUAUGCGAGAAACCUCUGAGCACAAACUUGGAGGAGAUCGACGCAGCGCUCGAAGCCGCCAGAAAGCGACCAGACCUGAAAGUCAUGGCUGGCUUCUCCCGCCGCUUCGACACCUCCUACCGAGACGCGUACGAGAAGGUCAAAUCCGGAGCCAUUGGAGAAACAUACAUGAUCCGCAGCCAGACGGGAGACCUGCUCGACGACACUGGCUUCUUCACGGCAUAUGCGAAACGCAACGGGGGCAUUUUCGUCGACUGCACCAUCCACGACAUCGACCUGACACUCUGGUUUCUGGACAAUCCCAAGCCCAAGAGCUGCUACGCCGUCGGCACAUUGAAGCACCACCCGGAGCUCGCAGAAGCAAACGACGUGGACAACGGCGUCGGUGUGGUCGAGUAUUACGGUGGAAAGAUCGGGUAUUACCUCGCCUCACGCACACAGGCAUACGGACACGACGUCAGCACCGAAGUGACAGGCACGCAAGGCAAAGUCCAGAUCAACUUGACGCCACGGGCGAACAACGUCGUGCUGGGCGACAAGUCGGGUCUUCGACACGAGGUCCAGCCCGAUUAUUGGCAGCGCUUCGAACAUGCGUUUGCCACCGAAGCGACCGAGUUCGUCAACGCCGUUUUGAACGACACUCCCGUCCCGUUGCCACUGGAGAGCGGGAGGAUGGUCAUGGUCAUCGCCCGCGCAUUGCAGGAGAGUCUGCAGACCGGCCAGACAAUCCGGUUCGAGGAAUCGGGUUAG